AUGGCGGCUGCGGUAGGAAUAAGUUUCAUUCAACUUGGAGCUCUGAUACCGGUACUCGAGUAUUUUACAACAAAGAGAAUGAAAGCAUUAUUUCUGUCAAAACUUGGCAAUUUUGUCGGACAGUUCAUUCUUAUUGUCAUACUAAUUACCGCUUCAUCUAAAGUGACAGUGAAGUGGAGAGCCUUUCUGAGGGGUUGCUCCGGUUUGUGUAUUGGCAUAGGAAUUCUUGGUCUAACUUUAAAAGAGCUCAGGCUAAAGAUGAAAGAUGACAAACCGGUGACAUUUGUUCAGAAAACGCUUGGACUAGCAAAGAAAGACCUUUUAAGGAAUGUGUUGUUCUGGUUGACUUGCGUCGUAUAUUUCUUUUACCAAUGGGGUAUAGAAACACCCCAAGCACAAUUCACAGACACGGACAUGACGGGCCGUUUAGAUAUCGGCGAAAACAUAGCUAAAGCACUCUUAUACGCUUUAAGUCCAACCCUCGGUCUGGCAUUUGGAAUGUUUCUCGCCUGGAUGUUCAAGAAAUUAGCAUAUGACGACAGCAGUCGGUUACAUGUUCGAACAUUAAAAGAUGGUCGUAUGAACAUUAUAUUCGGUGUUUUAAUGGUGGCAGCGGCUACAAUGGGUAUUGGUUGCUUUAUUGCACCGCAUGCAGUAAAAUUUGGCUACUUCUUCCCAUUUAGUUUACUAUUUGCCACAUUCUUCGCAUUUUGCGAAGGGAUAAGAGAUGACGCAAUCCCACAAGAAUUUGGAUGGGAAAAUGUACGAAUUGUUGAGGGUCUGAUACUGAUGUUUGUAGGACUUGGAGGACUCAUUUCAAAUGAAAUUGGAUAUGAGACAGACGACGAAAAAGAGGACGAUUGGAAGAAAUUAUUCCGUUAUGGGGGUGGUAUGUUGCUGUUGUCAUCGAUUGUGACAGCUCUUGUCUUAUAUCUGAAACAAAGCAAAACAUUAGAUGAAAUACAAUCUAAAAUCGAUGCAAAUACUGUCGUCCCAUUAAGAGCAAAUGGAAUUCAGCAGAAUGGAAACAGAGAAAAUAUUCGGAAAACACAACAAAGGCCUGAUGGCGUAAAGAAUCAAAAAGUUCCUCGUCUAAGAAAUACUGUAGUUAAACAGGAACAUACUGUUACCGGAAGCGUUGACUCUCGACCUUACCAGCAACCGGGCGUGCCAUCGACCGCUCCCAAUGGUGGUUUGCAACCUUACCAGCAACCAGGAGUGCCAUUGGCACGUCAGAGUGGUGGUGUCCAUCCUUACCAGCAAACGGGCGUGUCAUCGACAACUCUCAGUGGUGGAUUGCAAUCUUACCAGCAACCAGGAGUGUCAUCGGCAGGCCAGAGUGGUGGUUUCCAGCCUUACCAACAACCUGGAGUACACUCAACUUAUCAGAGUGGUGUCUGUCAGCCCUUUCAAGUACAGCAAGGUGUAUCGACGACUGCUAGCAGUGGUGGUUUCCAGCCUUAUCAGCAACAACAGCGAGUAUCAUAUAUUACAAUGCACGAGCUAUGA